GAGAAGCCCGACAGCGUAUUUAGGAAGUAGGCAGAACAAAAACAGAACCGCAAGCGUUGUCGGGAGUUGUAGGCAAGGCAGACUCGAAGACGCUGGUGUCUUGGCAGGACUGUUGCAUUCUGGGAGCCAUAAGCCGGGCUGUUCCAAAGCCUUCUGGGAGUCGUAGUCUCAGAGCCACUUCCGUGCCCAGUUUCCGCGUUCUAGGCGCGUGGAGCUCCGCUCCGCGUUUCGUCCGGACGAAGGCCGACCUCUCCCACCAGGUCUCGGUGAUACGACCAUGCCGGCCCCGACAUGCGCCUCCUGCCAGGCGGCCCGCGCCGCUCUCCGCCGCCCGCGCUCGGGGCAGGCGCUGUGUGGCGCCUGCUUCUGCGCUGCCUUCGAGGCCGAGGUGCUGCACACGGUGCAGAGGGGCCGCCUGCUGCCUCCGGGCGCUGUGGUGGCGGUGGGCGCCUCAGGCGGCAAGGACUCCACAGUGCUGGCACACGUGCUGCGCGCACUCGCGCCACGCCUGGACAUCACGCUGCACUUGGUGGCCGUGGAUGAGGGCAUCAGUGGGUACCGGGACGCGGCGCUGGCGGCUGUACGGAGCCAGGCGGCCAGCUGGGAGCUGCCCCUCACCAUCGUGGCCUAUGCAGACCUCUUCGGGGGCUGGACGAUGGACGCUGUGGCCCGCAGCACGGCCGGCUCGGGCCGCAGCCGCUCCUGCUGCACCUUCUGCGGGGUGCUGCGGCGCCGCGCGCUCGAAGAGGGGGCGCGCCGUGUGGGAGCCACGCACAUUGUGACCGGUCACAACGCGGACGACAUGGCAGAGACCGUGCUCAUGAACUUCCUGCGGGGCGACGCGGGGCGGCUGGCCCGCGGCGGGGGCCUAGGGUCUGCGGGUGAGGGUGGCGCGCUACCGCGCUGCCGGCCGCUGCAGCUGGCGUCGCAGAAGGAGGUGGUGCUGUACGCGCACUUCCGCCGCCUGCGGUACUUCUCCCGCGAGUGCUCGUUCGCCCCCGAGGCCUUCCGCGGGCACGCGCGCCAGCUGCUCAAGCUCCUGGAGGCGGCGAGGCCAUCUGCCGUGCUGGACCUGGUGCACUCGGCCGAGCGCCUGGCGCUGGUCCCCGCCGCGCGCCCCCCGCGCCCCGGCACCUGCUCCCGAUGCGGAGCGCUGGCCAGCCGCGCGCUCUGCCAGGCCUGCGCGCUCCUGGAUGGCCUCAACCGCGGCCGCCCGCGGCUGGCCAUUGGCAAGGGCCGGCGCGGGCUGGACGAGGAGCUGGAAGAUGCGGGGCCAGGGCCAGAGAGUAGGGGGUCGGGGUCUGCUGCUGCUGAGUCCAAGGCUAUCCCUGCGGCCCCUCCAGUCCCCUUGGGCACAGGUGAGGGUGGAGGUAGGGCUGGAGCCUGGGAGCUGUAGUCCCUCUGGGCCCGAUGUUAUUUAUGCCAGGGUCCGGAGGGUGGGGGUGUAUGGGCUGCACAUCUGGGUCUGGGUGAGGAGGGGCUGGUCACUGAACCCCAUGGUGGGGCUUGGAUGGCUCAGGCUGGUUCAACCCUAUUUGCCCACAGAGAGGUAAACAAAGUCAUAGGAUGCGUGCAAGCACUAUCUGCAGACAACUGUACUUAAACCCCACCUCGACCUCCAGAUUGAGCUGGCCUGUGCGGGCUGGGCCCCUCUCAGGUCUCCUGUCUUCCUGUCCCCAAGAAGGAUGGGCUGGUGGGCUCCAGUGACAGCUUGGCCAUGUAGUAAUAACCUUCUGAUUCCUCCUCUGAAAGUGGAGUCAGCUCUGGUCUUUGGGGUGGACACUGUUGAGAGAGAUGGGAAGCCUGAGGUGGAUGUGUCAGAUAUGGAAGGGGGGAGGUGGUCAAGUGUCUCCAGAGACCUGCCUGCCAAGUGGCCACCAGGGGCGCUAGUUUCCGGUUCCCAGGUCACAGAAUGCAGGCGCUGGAAGGGGUGAGACCCCAGCCUUCCCAGGACUUGUUCUCAGCCACCUCCCCGUUGCUAGCCUGGGUUUUAUUGUCCUGCCUUGAUACUUCCCCUUCGCCCACCCAGCCCUGGACAGGAGACACUCCCAGCCCUCCUACCCCAGCCUUACAGCCUUCCCAACCCCUUGGACUUCCUUUCUGUUUCAUGGAGCUGGUGGGCAGGACAUCGGGCUGCCCCAGGUUACCCCGGUAACAGCAUGGGGUAAUUAACCAUCCAAGUGUUCCUCCAGCACUUCCGUAUGUUGGGGUGGAGGGGCUCCAGGGGCCUGAUCUCCUGACUGACAUUGUUCAAGAGACCCAGCAGGUGUCAAAUAAAUGUUUAACAUCAGAUAGGAGUGAAUGUCCCAGCUUUUUUUCAAAGGAGGGAUGUGGGGAGAGGAGGGCUCCAAGAGCCUUUGAAGUAGGAACCCAUAUUUCAGCCAUAGGCAUUGGAGCAGAGAUGGCAUAAAGGCAAAGAAGCCAGCAGUCCUCUGCAGGGGAGAGGGCUCCCUGGGCAGAGGAA